ACACGACCCAACCUCAUUUUUAUUUUAAAUUAAUUAAUCGCCUGUAAUUAAUAAACGUGAUCGGAGUGCGAAAAAUGUUAAUUUAAUUGCGACAAUGCUGCUUUAUAAGCUAAUUUUAUGUGUUCUCAUUCAGGGAGUUCUGACUACGACCACCGGAAACAACGAUGUGGAGGACGACUACGAGUACGACUACGAUGACAUAGCCCAGGCCAACUUUACCGCGAACGGUACGCUACAAUUCAUCAAAGACCUAACGAACAUAACCAAACCUAGCGGGAAGACCGUCACGUUGACAUGCGAGGUUAAAAAUUUAGACGCCAACUCGACAAACACCAGGGUUCAAUUCACGUGGAGGAAAAACAACGCGAAGAUCGACGAGAGUAAACGAAUUGUGAUUAAACAUCACGAGAAACCUGGGGGUCAAAUUUAUGGGUCAUCGUUGAAAAUCAAAAACCUCGAGUCGUUCGACAAGGGCUUCUACGUCUGCAUGGCUUCGAACGGUAAUGGCGACAUUCGAUCGGAGGCCCUUCUCGAUGUCACCAACGACAGAUGGGGGACGUCGGUUACGUUUAAACCCAUAUUUGAAGAUACUCGCAGUCGGAGCGAUAUAACCACGUUCUUCCCGGAUCCGAAACGCGACUUCCAUACCUUCUCGCAUCCGAUCUUUCCGACGUCCAACAUGGAGGAUUUGUCUCAGAUUGCCAACACAUCGGAUUACGAUGUGACUCAGCCUUUCUGCCAAACCUACCAAGGUACCACGUGUAGAGAGUAUCUGGACGGGAAAUUGAUCUUCGUGCAACCGCCCUACACCCAGGAGAACAUCGAGAUCAAACUCGAACAGGCGGUUCUGGUCGUGUCCCAGUCAAACGAAAUCUCGACGAGCUGCAGCAAAUUCGCCAUUCCCAGUCUUUGCUUCUCCGCGUUUCCGAUCUGCAUCGAUCCCAAGCACGUCGCUCACUACCAGAAGGACUUCACCAAGAAGUAUCUCGCCGAGCAGGAUAAGAGCAUCUUUAAGAACUUGCGGAACAAACUGUCGAUGUCCCUGCAGCGCAUAUGCAAGGAGGAGUGCGAGCUUUUGGAGAAGGAGCUGUGCAGGCGCGAGUACGCCAUCGCGAAGCGACAUCCGAUCAUUAGCCAACCGCUCGAGCUGGACGAGUGCGAGUUUUUACCGGACGAAAGCGAUAAGAAUUCGAUGUACUGUCUCAGCUUGGGAGUCGAGCGCACCCAAAAUGUUAAUGAAGAUGAGUUGUGCUAUUGGGAUUACGGCGAGUCGUAUCGGGGCGUUUACGACGCGACCAUCUCCAACAAGAAGUGCAUUCGUUGGUCGCAUCAGUUUACGAUCGCCUUAUCCGAGUAUCCGGAACUGUCCGGGCACUCCUACUGCAGAAACCCAGGCCGAACUGAGGCGGAGCCGUUUUGUUUCGUGGAUCAAACGCGGAAGGAGGUGUGCGGGUUGCCGAAAUGUGCUAGUAUGCUGUGGAUGUACCUAAUUGUUGGUGGUUUAAUAGUGUUAAUAAUAGCGGUUGUGAUAAUCCUUUCGAUUUACUGCCACCGAGCGAGAAAAAGGCGUAAGACGAGACUGCAAAACAUGAGCGUUCCGACCGCCGACAAAAACAUCUACGGCAACACCGGCCCUAACUCGCCGAUGGAGCUCAACACGUUGCUGCCGACACGGAUCAACAACAUGCCGCCGAGAAGUCAGAGCUCGCAGCGUAACGGCUUUCAGCCGGCCCCCCAGUACACCUACAAGGAGGUCACGUUCGUGGAGGAAUUGGGCGAGGGGGCGUUCGGUAAAGUUUACAAGGGCGAGCUCAAAACGAAGGCGGGGAAAAUAAUCGUCGCCGUUAAGUCGUUGAAGGAGAACGCUAGCGCGAAAACGCAAGCGGACUUUCAAAGGGAGAUCGAGUUGAUUUCGGAGUUGAAACAUCCAAAUAUCAUCUGUUUGUUGGGGGUGGUGGUGAAGCAAGAGCCGAUGUGUAUGCUAUUCGAGUUUAUGUCGGAGGGAGAUCUGCACGAGUUUCUGAUCGCGAACUCGCCAAACGAGGGCAAAAGUUUGUCGCAGCACCAAUUCCUACAUAUAGCCAGCCAAAUCGCGCAAGGUAUGGAGUACCUGUCCGAUAAUCAUUACGUUCACAGAGACUUAGCCGCGAGAAAUUGCCUUGUGUCGAAGAACUUCGUCGUGAAAAUUAGCGACUUCGGGCUCAGUCGCGACAUGUACAGCUGCGACUAUUACAGGGUGCAGUCAAAGUCGUUGUUACCAGUGAGAUGGAUGCCUCCAGAGUCGAUACUCUAUGGGAAAUUCACGACGGAAAGCGACGUGUGGUCCUACGGCGUAGUCUUGUGGGAAAUCUACAGCUACGGCCUACAGCCUUACUACGGUUACAACAACCAGGAGGUAAUAAGCAUGAUCCGCUCGCGCAAGCUUCUCCCAUGUCCAGACGCCUGCCCCAGCUAUUGCUACGUUUUAAUGGUGGAAUGCUGGGCGGAGCUGGCGAUGCGGCGUCCCAACUUCGGCGAAAUAGUGCAACGACUGAAAAUGUGGAAGCAAAAUGGCUCCGCCUCUGGCUCUUACUGCAAACCGGCCGAAGCGCAUCCUAGGCACAGUUCGAAGUCGAGCCACGCGUCCGACUCCCCAACUGUAUGUGCCUCAAGCGCCGAUCCCCCCCACAUUUGGGAUCUGAAGAAGGUCUCGUCGAACAAGCUCAACGAAAGCCAAAGCAGCUUAACAUCGCACUCGUCGAGUUUAGGUAACAGUAAUAAGACUCAAAGUACUAGUUUAAGUAACGAAAAUUCCAAGAGGAAAAGUAUCGAUAGACGAAGUAACAAAAAUAUUCGCCCCGAAAAUGUUCCAGAGGGAUACGCUCCUAAAAAUAUUGUCGUCAACUCGAACGGGGAUACUUUCGAAACCAAACUGACUUUUUAACCUUCUUUUGCUCAAAACGCAUUUAUAAAAUUUUAUUUGUGAUAUUCGAUGGCAGUUUUUUAGAUGUUACUAGUCGUUUUAUUAACCAAAUACCUACCAGGCCCGCCAAUUUUAACCAUCGUCCAUCAAUUCAUCAUAAUAUGUGAUAGAAAUCAUUUUAUUCGCCAUAUCAAGACAAAAUGCAUUUAUAAUACCCGACGGCGACUCAGUACAAAUGCGUAACAUAAACUUGAGUGCCCUUUUAAUAAUAAGAUUUUUUCGUUACGUUUUUAUUCGAAUUUAUUUAUUGAUUCCCUACACAAUAAGGCAGUGAUUUUAGGUAUAAUAUAAAUAAAUUGUUUUUUAAGUGUGAACUAAUAAUUUUUUUAUAACAUUUUUCUACAGUAAUAUUGUGAAAAAAAUUUUAAUAACUUUACUUGUUUUGUAUUGUAUACAUGUAUGAGAGAGUAUUUAUAAAUAAAUAAUUAAUGUAA